AUGGCGGACUCGGGUAUAAACAGUUCUGUGGGCAUGGCCGACGUCCUUGAGGCCCUGAAGAGUAUCCAGGAGAACCAGACCAAAUUGGCAUCCGAAGUCGAAUCCGUCUCCCUUCGACUUGAUACUCUUGCUCCGUCCGGCCAAGUGCCGAGCCUCAGUAUCAAUAGGGUAGCAACUCCCCUUGCUGUGGCCCCGACAUCACCGAUCCGGUCGACCUUGGCUGCUGGUGAGGCUGAAUCCGGUAACACAUCGCCUACAACAAGAGAAGCAACUCAGGCACAAAAAGCCGGAUUCACAUCCCGAAUUAUACUUACUACAUAUCCCAAACAGAUUGGUAUUAACCCACUCCCUCUUCAAUGGGGGGCUCCGGAUGCAGCCAGCCGAGGCCCGGUGGUCGUCUCCCGGUCAUCAUCCACAAUUCGAAAGCGCAACGCUAUCGGAGCACACGGUGGUUCCUAUUCCAUCUACUUUGCUCUUGCACUUGCUAGCAAGCAGCUCAACGCCAACCAUAGGCCAGAUUUCACCAACACCGAACCGGCCGCCAAUAUUGGCCCGUUUCCUCAAUGGAGCGAUAAGAAAAAGAUCGUCGCUAUGGAUCCUUGGGGUCACUUGGCCCCGUGGCUUUUCGCCGACGUUAUAGAAAAGGAGGACGUUGAUAUUCGCCCCACAAUCGCCAUAACCAAAGCUCAUAUGAAGCUUCCGGAGCUAGAGGAAAGCGUUCGAAGAGGUAGACUUAUUCCCGAUGGGAAAGUUUGCCUGAAUGCACAGGGGGAGCUGGCAGUGACCAAGUUUGCAGUUGAGCCAGUUUGGUACCUCCCCGGAGUAGCUGAGAGAUUUGGUAUAGAUGAGGGUGUUCUAAGGCGCUCACUCUUCGAACACACUGGGGGUAGCUAUCCAGAACUUAUCACACGAGGCGACAUUAAGGUCUUCUUACCUCCAAUCGGCGGGCUGACUGUAUAUUGCUUCGGGGACCCGGCGAAGAUGUCUGACGAAAAGAGCAGACUAGCCUUACGUAUUCACGAUGAGUGCAACGGUAGUGAUGUGUUUGGCUCCGAUAUCUGCACUUGCAGACCCUAUCUUAUCUUCGGCAUCGAAGAGGCCGUCAAGGAAGCACAGAAUGGCGGCAGUGGCGUUGUCAUCUACUUCAGAAAAGAAGGACGGGCUUUGGGUGAAGUAACUAAGGUAUUAUACCCCCGAGUUGUAGCUGGUCAAAUACUGACAUCUAGUAUUGUAUACAACGCUAGAAAACGGGGCGAAGAUCGUGCCUCGGACUAUUUCAAAAGAACCGAAAAUGUCGCCGGAGUUAAAGACAUGCGUUUCCAGGCUCUAAUGCCUGAUAUACUUCACUGGCUCGGCAUAAAGAAGAUCGAUAGAAUGCUGAGCAUGAGCAAUAUGAAGUACGAUGCUAUCGUUGGUCAGGGUAUUCCUAUCCAUGAGAGGGUAGAACUUCCCGAGGACUUAAUCCCCGCAGAUUCACGGGUCGAGAUAGAUGCCAAGAUUACUGCCGGAUAUUUCACUACCGGCAACAGAAUGACUGCCGAAGAAUUGAAAGCCGUCCAGGGACGGAUGUGGGAAGACGUCGACCACUGA